AUGGCCCAAUUUGUGACACACAUCCAGCCGACACUGAUCGAAGCCUCCCAGGGGCACGUGCCGCACCACCAUGGCCAUCAGGUUGGGGUGCCCCAUUCGUCCCAUUUGCCACACAGUGGCCACAACAUGCCGUCCCCUCCGACGGUGCACCACGGUUACAGCCAUGGCCAUGUGCACGGGCACGGCCAUCAUCAUCCGCCGUCAUCGCUCGUCCACAGUGCCAGCCGGGAUAUGUCGAACAGCAAGGGAGCAUCCAUCCACAAGGUACCGACGCAUCUGGCUCUCUCGCCGAAGGCCGACGACCAUCACCAGCAGCAUCAUCAGCCGCAUCCACACUAUCAGCACGUGGAAGGAUACUAUCAGCACGCACCGUUACAUUACCAUCAGCAGCAUCAUCAUGGGCACACUCAUGGGCAUCACCAUUCGGUGGUUUUACGAUCCAUCAAUUCAUAUUUGAAGGUCAAACUCUGA